AGAGAAAGGAGGAGACAGAGAAUUAAAUUAGAGGAGCAGAGGGGAGAGAGAGAGAGAGAGAGAGAUUAUUAAGGUUAUGGCGGCGUUGCAGAGCGCGAGAAAGGCAAUGAAACCUCUCUGAUCUCUCUUCUUCUUCUUCUUCUUCUUCCUCUUUUUCUCUCUGUGUCUUACUUAAAUACUCUCUCUCUCUCUCUCUCUCUCUCUCUCGUACCGACAAACGAGCUUUGCCUUUACCAGACCCUUAAAAGCUACUCCAACUUCAAUUCAAUACACUACAAACCCAGAGAAUGAAUUCUCCCUAAACCCUAGUAAUCCUCUUCCUCCUCACUAGUCUCAAAGAUCUAGAGCGAGAAAUUACAUAGAGUAGAACUAAAAAGCAAAAAGAUCUUUGAUUUUGGAUUUUUCUUUUCAUUUUUCUUGAAAAGCUGAUUGGAGGAGAGUUGUAGUAUAUAUGGGUGGUGGAACUUGUGCCGGUGAAUGGCGGGGUUUUUCUCGCUAGACGGCGGAGGAGGAGGCGGAGGAGGAGGCGGAGGAAACAGCCAAGAAGAACACCGGACCAACACGAAUCCUCCUCCGCCUGUGUCAGAGUCUUGGCUCUGGUACAGAAACCCUAACGUCAACGCAAACGCAAACGCAAACGCUCCUUCCUCCUCAAACGCUGCUUUAGGCACACUUGAGCUAUGGCAAAACCACAACAAUCAAGAAAUCAUGUUCCAGCAUCAACAACAUCAGCAAAGGUUGGAUCUUUACUCCUCAGCCGCUGGUUUAGGCGUCGGACCAAGCAACCAUAGCCAAUUCGAUAUCUCCGGAGAAACUUCAAACGCCGGCGCCGGAAGAGCCGCGGCGCUGAUGAUGAUGCGGAGUGGCGGCAGCGGCGGUGGAGGAGGAAACGGUGUGAGCUGUCAAGACUGUGGUAAUCAGGCCAAGAAAGAUUGUGCUCACAUGAGGUGUCGAACUUGUUGCAAGAGCCGUGGCUUCGAGUGUCCUACUCACGUGAGAAGCACGUGGGUUCCUGCUGCCAAACGCCGUGAGAGACAACAGCAACUAGCCACGGUUCAGCCGCAAACGCACUUGUCACGAGGUGAUCAAAGCGUCCCGAAACGCCAACGGGAGAAUUUGCCGGCAACUUCUUCGUCUCUUGUCUGUACUCGCGUACCUACUCACCACAACGCUUCAGGGUUAGAGGUUGGGAAUUUCCCGGCGGAGGUGAGUUCACCGGCAGUGUUUAGAUGCGUGCGAGUGAGCUCAGUGGAAGACGGAGAAGAAGAGUUUGCUUACCAAACAGCCGUAAGCAUCGGUGGUCACAUUUUUAAAGGCAUUCUCUACGACCACGGUGCUGGAAGUAGUGGCAGUGGCGGCUACAACGUUAUCGCCGCCGGUGAGAGCUCCUCCGCUGGUGGUGGUGGCGGAGCUCAGCAGCUGAAUCUCAUAACAGCAGGAUCUGUCACGGUUGCAACCGCCUCUUCCUCCACUCCAAACGCCGGUGGUAUUGGAAGCUCUUCCGCAGCUGCUGCAACUUAUAUUGAUCCUAACGCUCUUUAUCCAACUCCGAUCAACACUUUCAUGGCCGUUUGCAGAAGUGGGGAGAAAUUAGGAGGAAAGUGGAUCUGUUUAUGCUUCUUCUGGUCACUCAAAGUUGUUGCAAUUUUAGGGUUUUAAAGGGAGAUUUUUAAUUCAAAUAAUAUCAACUUCUUAUUAUAAUGAUUUUGUGAGGAUAGGGUUGUGUAUUAUUUAAAUGUCAGGAGCACAAUAUAGCUCUUGUUGUCUGAAGCUUUGUUUCAUUAAUGUGUCUGUUUCUUGUUUGUGUAACACGUAACCUUAGAA